AUGAAAUCCAUAAUUUCAAUAGCGUUUCUUCUUCAAGCAAUCAUAAACGCUCUUAAUCUCGUCACAGCUCAAUUCCCCACAGACCCUGCCUUCAGAUGCAGAGACACAGGCAACUACACACCAAGUUCUGAUUAUAGCAGAAACCUGAAAGCCGCAUUGGAUGCCGUUGGCAAUAUGAACAAGUAUAAUGGCGGAUCAUUCAGUUCAUCCCAAGGCAAGAAAGAAACAGCAUAUGUCAUGGCUCUUUGCUCCGGUGUUUCUAUGAAUUGGGGUGGAAACUGUAAGGACUGUAUAUACCAGUUGACCACUUCACUUGCAGUCACGUGCAAGCUUCAAAAAGAGGCUGUGAUGUGGGGUUCAAACUGUAUGUUACAUUACUCAGAUCGUAAAAUAUCUGGAGUUCUUGAUGAUUGGGUUCGGAUCUUGUUACCAGAUAAAAAAGGAAGUCCUGCGAAUAAGCCAGAUCAGUUUGACAAAGCUUUGUCUGAUUUGACGAAGAAAUUACAGGGGCUAGCAGCCGAAGGUACCGAUAAAAAGUCUGCAUUUGGGACGGCAGUUUAUGAAAAAAAACUUGUGUAUGGGGCUAUGCAGUGUACAGCUGACUUAUCCAAGGAUCUGUGCACUAAAUGUUUACAAAAUAUAAUUGAGGCCCACCAUACUUGUUGUAGCGGAAGAAUGGCUGCCAGAAUGUUGUUACCCAAUUGUUUUUUUAGUUACUCGGGUGAACAUUAUUCCAAAUGGAAAUCAUAA